GCAAGAGGUGUUGCAGUUACCGUGCAAUUUUCAUAAAGUGUUCAGUGGAAUUUAUUGAUAUCGCACGAUGGAUGUGAAGACACCGUGGGUCGAGGUGAUAGAGCAACCGGCGAGCAAAGAAUUUCGAUUUCGAUAUGAGUGCGAGCGAAGGUCACAUGGAAGUAUUCCCGGUGUACACAGCACUUCAUCGAAUAAAACCUAUCCGAAGAUAAAGAUCGUUGGACUCCAAACCGACGCUCAUGUGAUAGUUUCUUGCGUGAGCAAAGAGGCUCCCUACAAAGUCCACCCUCACCGUCUCAUCAGCAAAGGAAAAGAAAUAAAUCACGGGGUUUUCACCAUAACUGCGGGACCUGACACCAACGAAAUUGAGUUGAAAAAUCUUGGAAUCCAGUGCGUGAGAAAAAGGGAUAUUAAAAAAUCCCUGGAGGAGAGAAAAAGAGUGCGAGUGGAUCCAUUCCAACAGGGAUACGAUCACGGCGAUCAUCCAGUAUUAAUCGAUCUCAACGUGGUGCGACUGUGUUUUCAAGUGUUCCUCUACGAUCGUGACACUGAGAAAUACACGAAGAAGCUCACACCGAUCGUAUCCGAUCCAAUCUAUGACAAGCAAACAGUCUCUAAUCUCUCGAUCUCUAAAUUGAGUACUGAAAUGGCUUUAGCAGUCGGUGGAACAUCAUUAACGAUAUUCGGACAAAAAAUCAUCAAGGAGGACAUCAAAGUGCGUUUCUUCGAGAUACAAGAGGAUAAAGUUGUCUGGGAAGCCAGCGAGGACUCUCUCCCGAGGAAUAAUCACGAUAAUCAGACAACAAUAACAAUUAAGACACCAGCGUAUCCCCUGAAGGAAACCGAUGACUGCGUUCACCUGAUGGUACAAUUGACAAAGCCAUCGACUGGUGAAGCUGGAAAAGCCAUUCCAUUCACAUUCGUAGCCCCAGGAUGUUUCAAUGCUGAAAUUAUGAGUUCACCAAUGGACCUAUCCUCGAAGAGGAAGAGAAAAGUCGUGAAGAGAUGCAAUUCCUUCGAGUCCAUCAGGAUCCCCAGCCGACUCCUAGUUUCAAAUCAACCGGAGUCUCCGAAUACUGACGAUUCAGGAGGCAUCACUCCAGAAGAAGAGGUACCUGAAUUAACACCGAAUAUUCCUCACGAAUGUUUCUAUCGGACAUUUGACACGCACCAUUCGAAGAAGCCCAAGUACUCGGAGGGGCCUCUUCCCCUGGCUCCAGGACUUCCUCAUCCUGCGAUGUACCCUCCAUUUCUCAUCAAUCCUAAUCUAACUCCGAUGAUGAUUAACAGUCCAGCGUACGAUUGUCUGUGCUAUCCUCCAAUGAUACCUCGUUAUCAUCCAUUUCUACCUUUGAUACCUCAAUCAUCUCCCUAUCCCUUUUUUGGAAGCACUGAGCCGACUGUCAAGGACAUGCCUCAGUCCUUUCGUGAGCCGAGGAAUUGGCCCAUACAACCGAAACCCAGAAGAAUCUUUCACUCGUCUGUGAUAACGCAAUAAAAAAAUUCUGAAGAUUUCAGAGCAAUUGAAAUGUAAAUGCAAUAGGUUUUAUAAAAAUAUUAUCUUCAAGAUUCAAUUGACAAAGCUUUCCACAAGUACUAGAAA